AUGGACAGCCAGAUGCAUCAGAAGCUGGACGAGCUUCGAAGCAAGUUGAACCGACAGCGUGCGCAGGCGCCUUUGGUUCCCCCAGCCCUUUCUUCGCUCAAGACGUCGUCGACUUCGACGCGUUUGGGUCCCUCAGAAGCCCCUGCUCUUCACAGGCUGGAGAAGAAGGCACGCGGGCAGCAAGCGAUCGCGACACCGCCUCCCACGGACGAAGGGCGGCUGGGAGAAGGGCAGAAGAAGGUAGCCGAGGACCGUCAAGCCGCGGGCUUGGAACGCGAGCCCGCGGGAGCUUCUCCUCUUGACGAAGGGAGGCCGGCCACGUUGUCGCAUGCAACCUCAGGUGCCGCAGGCCUGGCGGCGAGCUCUCCCAACCGGCCUUCUGCGUCGUCAUCAUCACCCGCCGCCUCUGGCCCCCAUGCUCCCGCGCCUUUGUCUCGGCAUUCGCCGCCUUCGCCCCCGUCGAGCGCAUCUGCGUCGGAGAUCGCGUCCUCCGCUUCCCCGGGGCGCUUCGCGGCGCCUUUGCCGCCCUCCAAGGCUUCUGCGCGGCGGAUUGUGCUUCUCGAAGGCCGGAAGAAGAGUACGGCGGCUCUCUUGACCGAGGGGCUCCCCCUGCGCCCUGGAGUCGCCUCAGUUUCUUCUUCCUCGCAGCAGCUGCCUGCUUGCAACCAGCGACCGGCUGACCCCUCUCCCUCUUCUGCUGCCGCUUCGGCAAGUCGAGAGAAAGCUGCCGGCGAAGACGGCCGAGGCUCUGUGUCGCGGGCCCUCGUGGAGGAGCUGCAGCAGUGGCACAGCCGGCUGAGUGAAAACGUUGAAAAACAGCUCGAGGAACUGCACAUGCGCGCCCGGACGCACUACCUGCCCUCCCACGCCUCCACAGACGCUGUGGGCACGGCUAGCACACCGAGAGACUCGGACUGCGCAACGCGCGGCUGCAGCGACGACUGCGGCGGGGCGACCGCAGGAGAGCGGCGAGCGGAGGAAGAGGACGGCCUGCGAGGCGACGGCGCAGAGAAGCGCGAAGUGAGCGGCAGGCGCGCGGGCGACUUGACCGGCAUGGCGGUCGCUGCUGACGAGUGCAGAGCGGCCAGCGCGGCGUCGACCUCGUCGCCUGUCUCUCCGCGGCUCUCGCCCACGCCGGAGUCCUCUCGGGAAGACGGAGUUGAGCGGUCGCGGGCUCCGCGCGGCGCAGAGGGCGAGCCCGGCGACGCAAGCAAGAGCCCCGGGUCGACUCAUUUCCAUCGGUACCGCGGCCUAAAAAAUCCGCAUUUGCGCGAAAUGAAGCCCAGUCCCUUCUCCACAGAAGACGCCGCGGGCGCUACAGCCGGCGCUGCAUCCGGCGGCUGCCCGCCCGCGGCGGGCAGCCGCCAGAGCCCGCAGAGCCGCGACAACGAGCGAGCGUCGCAGGGGAGCCGCGGCUACUACUCUCGCCAUUCCGAAGAGGGCGUUUCCUCCUCGCGUUUUGGCGCGACAGAUGAUGGGCUCUCGCUCAAGAGAGAGCGCCUCGAAGACCGCGACGAGGACGAUGAGCGCGUCAGCCGCGCACCCGACAGAAGGCGAGAGCGAAGCCGCAGCCGCGAGUGUCACGGGAGGCGGCACCAGGAAUUGACACACGCGCGAGACGCCCGUCGGGGUUCCUCCCCAGACACCAAGAGAGAGACGCCUGGCCACGUGCGCCGGUCGGCGGAAGACGACGCGGGGGGGCGCGACUGCGUGAGGCGCGAGGAGGAGGCGCGCGCGCGGCGGCCCCCGCGCGGCCGCGAGCGGAGCGAGGGCGAGAGAGAGAAGGACGCGAGUUCCCAAGCGGUCUCCGCGUCCUCCUCGGGGCGGCGCCGGAGCGAAGAACGCGACAGAGAUAUUUCGAGCUCUCGAGGUAUCGCCGGCGCGCGGCAUGAAAAGCGCCCGCGCCGAGGCGAGGACUUUAGAGAGCGGAGAGACCGGGGGAGGGUAGGCGAGACGGCCCCAGGGGACAGGGCGCAGAGUGAAGGCUCUAGCGAUGACCGGGAGGAGAGAAGACGCAGAGCGGGCGCGUGCAGCGGAGGCAGCGGCGCGGCAGACCGCGGUGUCGCCAGGCACGACGGCGGCCGCAGACACACCCCCCGCAGCAGCGAAGAGCGACGGAGCGUCAGUCGAUCCGCGAGCCCCAUCACGCGCGAGAACAGCGUGGAGCCCGACGCGGGCAACGACAGGCGCGACAGAGGCGGAGACAUGCGGAAUGGACGACGAGGCCCCCAGAGAGACGCCCACAGAGACGGCGCGAGAGAGGGCCUCUCGCCGCCGUCUCGCAACGGGUCGGCUCCGCGGCGCGGAGACACCUCCAGAGACCGCGACCGCGACCGCGACCGCGAUCGAGAGAGACCCGACGCACGGGAAAGCUGCGGCGAGCGACGAGAGGAGGACCGGCAGAGAGACGAAGGGCGGCAUCCGCUGCGGGCGCGAGCGACCAGCGGAGACAGCGUGGACCGCGAGCGACCGAGUGAAGGCGCGACGAACGCGGUGAGAGGCAGAAAGCCCGGGGAAGCGGAAGACGAGAAGGAGGAAGGCGAAAUCGACGAAUGCGAAGAAGAAGCGAGCGCGAAGCCGCCCAGGAACGAGAAAGAAGAGGAGCCGACGACGGAGAGCAGAGAGAGAGAGAGCUCCGCUGCGCCGGAGGCGAAGAAGAGUGCGGAGGAAGAAGACAACGAAGAGGAGGAGGAAGAACGCGAGGAACGGGAGGAACUGUUCACGCCCGAGCCGGGUGAGAACGAGAUGCUGCUCACGCCAGACGACGAGGAGGACGCGUCAACGGCGGGGCGGCUGAAGCCAGGUGAAGAAGGAGAGAGCGCGAAAAAAAAGAGGCGCGAGGGGCAGCAAGCGUCGCGGACGGACGGCGGCGAGAGCGGGCCUGAAGUCUCGAUGCGCCGCGGAGCCGGCGCCCGCAGCAGGGGCGCCUGGAUGGGCGACGGCGAAGGGCGCGGCGGAGACGAGGAGGAUAAGACAGAGGAAGACGGAAGGGGGGACGCCGAGGAGAAGCGGCUUUUUGGGCCACCUGGGAAGCACGAGGGCGCCGCGCAGGGCGAAGGGAGAGAAGACGACGAGGGCGUCAGCCCCCCGGUCGACGAAGAUGUCGACCCGGAGGAACGCGAAGAAGAAGAGGAGCUGCAGAAGCAGCUGCAGCUCGCUGGCGCCAGUUGCGUCUGCAAGCGCAGCAGCAGCUUGAUGUACGGAUGCCGUCGCGUGGAGAUCUUCAAAAAGCUCAACAAAAUCAGCGAGGGUACCUACGGUGCGGUCUUCCGCGCCAUGAACCGAGCCACCGGCGAGAUUGUGGCGCUGAAGCAGAUCAAGUACCACAACCGCCUGUGGAGCGAGGGCUUCCCCGUAACCAGCUUACGCGAAAUUUCCAUCAUGCUCGAGCUGCAGCAUCCCAACGUCUUGGAUGUGCAGGAAGUCGUCGUGGGCACGGGCCAGCAUCAGGUCUUCAUGGUCAUGGAGUACAUUGAGCACGAGUUGAAGACGCUGCUCGAUGAGAAACCCGAGUUCUCUACGGCAGAGAGGAAAUGCCUCCUGUACCAGCUUCUGGAGGCGCUGGCGUACAUGCACGCGAACUUCGUCUUCCAUCGCGACUUGAAGCCCAGCAAUUUGCUCUACUCGAAUCGCGGAGUAUUGAAGGUCGCGGACUUUGGGAUGGCGAGAAAAUUCGGUUUUCCGCUGCACAACCGCGUCUUCACGAAGAACGUCGUCACGCUGUGGUAUCGCCCGCCAGAGAUCCUUCUGGGGGAGGGAACGUACGACGCGGCCUGUGACGUCUGGGCAGUCGGUGCAAUCUUCGGCGAAAUGCUUCGCAAGAAGCCUCUCUUCGCAGGCCAUGGCGAACUGGAUACCCUCAACUCGAUCUUCAAACUCUGCGGGACCCCGACGGAGGCCUCGUGGCCAGAGUUCUUCUCGCUGCCGCACAUCAAAAAUAAGAAAUUCUUCAACGCGCCGCCGCAGUACCAGUCUUCGUGGAGGGAAGCUUUUCCUCCGCCCUCCAAGCACCUCGCGAUGGGUAGCAGCGGCGUGCUGACAGAUCUAGGCCUCGAUUUGCUGCAGAAGCUCCUCGAGCUGAAUCCGGCGAAGCGAAUCACGGCGGCCGAGGCGCUUCAACACGAAUAUUUCCAGGAAAAGCCUAGGCCGCAGCUCAAGGAGCUCAUGCCGACGUUUCCGGACACCAACAACCAAGCACGCCGGAAGAAGCGACGCCUGGGCAGCGGCAACGCGUUCGAUGAGCAGAAACAUCAAGACUCCUUCCGCUUCGGCGCCAGGGUGGACGCGGAGAAAUUUCUUUCCGCACUCGCGGAUCAGUCUAAGGAGAAGAAGGAGAAGAAAUUAGGGAAAGGCAGGUGA